AUGAGUGCAGCAGACUCUCUGCCAGAGUAUCUAUUAGGAUUAUUUGAAGGAAGCCACAUGCAAUAUAACCUAGAAGCUGAUACCCGCACUGAGCCCACACUCGCAGAGCUCACGGAAGUUGCAAUUCGUUCAUUAAGCCGCAACGAGAAGGGAUUUUUCCUUUUCGUGGAGGGAGGUCGCAUUGACCAUGCUCACCACGAUAACCAAGUGGAGCUGGUGUUGGACGAGACGAUAGAGUUCAGCGCCGCUGUCGCCCGUGCCACUGAACUCUUGUCGGACGAUGACUCGCUGAUCGUGGUGACUGCUGACCAUGCCCACGUCAUGACCUUUAACGGUUACACGCGGCGGGGCGGUGACAUCCUCGGCCCAUCAGACGACCGCGAUGAGUCCGGCGUUCCCUAUAUGACGCUCUCCUACAGCAACGGUCCCGGAUUCCGGCCGCACCUCAAUAAUACACGUGUCGACGUAACUCGCGAAUCUAAUUACAGGCAAUUGGAUUGGAUGAGCCACGUGGAUGUACCCCUGGAGUCCGAGACUCACGGUGGCGACGACGUGGCGGUGUUCGCGAGUGGACCACAUCACCAAAUGUUUUCCGGACUGUACGAGCAGAGCCAGCUGCCUCACCUAAUGGCAUACGCGGCCUGUAUCGGUCCAGGAUUGCAAGCUUGUAACGCGGCAAUCCAUCACGCCAUAGGCACACCGUUAAUGUUGUCAGUUAUUUUCUUAUGUAUGUUGAGGCUAUUAAGAGAA